GAGAGCACUGGAACACUUCAACGUGUCGUCCUUAUACCAUUCUUCUUCUGUUGCGCUGUCGUCCCGUUUAUUUUCCUCCUCUCAAUUUUUUUUUAAUUUUUUUUCAAAAAACAAAAAACAAAAAACAAAAAAAACUACCCAACGAAAAGACUUUGCUACGACUUCCUUCUUCACAAGAUUGGAGGAGAAAAAAAAUUAUAAUUUAGAGAGAGAAAAUUAAAAAACAAAAAGUACCCAAAAUUAAAUUUUUACAAUUUGAUUUUUGGGUGGAAUUUCAAAUUAAUUUUGAUAUAUUCAAUUGAAAGUUUCCCCCAAUUUUUCGAAAUUCUCAAAAUUUUAGGGUUCUUAUUGUUAAUUCCCUUUCGUUUCACCAAGCGAGAAUUUUUCUUCCAACUGCAAAUUGUUGAAGGCUGCCAAAUUCUGGGCCACUCUGCAUGUUAAGUAACCUGAAUACUUAGCAACCUUGAGAGAUAGAUAUUGAUUGAAGAAAGUCUCCGAGUCAUAUACAGAGAUCGAGUUAUCGCAAUGUAGAUAGUGUCGAAGGUUCAAAGUUGAACAUCUGAGAUUGAUGCCUUUUUAAGUGUGUAACUGAAGCAUGCCAUCAAAAUCUAUUUUGGCAAGCCAACCCGAGCCUAGUUCCCACACUAAUACUCCACCAUCAGCAGCUUGUUCUGAUCAGUGGUGGCGAGGGGCUGGAUAUGGUCCAUUGCCUUUUACUGAUGAUGCAGUUGGAAAUGUUCCUAAACCAACAUUGCUAAACCAUCCAGUUGAGAUGUCGGGAUCUAAAGAUGAUCAGUCACUGUCAAAUGCGGGGGAUGAUGAAGAAGAGACCAGCAAAGACUCAGAAACUACAGGUUCUACUUCUACCCCUCGAGACGGUAGCUGUGGGCACGAACUUCAGAAAUCACAAUAUGGUGAGUCUGGUAUGUCUCUCGGAAGUGCAGAUUACUAUUCACAGCAUCCACAGCUAGAACUUGUUGGUCACUCAAUUGCCUGCGCGUCAACUCCUUAUCCUGAUCUCUACUAUGGAGGAAUGAUGGCUGCCUAUGGAUCUCAGCCCUUGGUUCCUCCCCAGUUUUAUGGGAUGCAUCAACCUAGGAUGCCUCUACCUCUUGAGAUGGCACAAGAACCUGUUUAUGUUAAUGCUAAGCAGUAUCAUGGAAUCUUGAGACGGAGGCAGGUCCGUGCUAAAGCUGAGCUGGAAAGGAAACUUAUCAAAAUCAGAAAGCCAUAUCUCCAUGAGUCUCGCCACCAACAUGCUUUGAGAAGGGCUAGAGGUACAGGAGGACGUUUUGCAAAGAAGGGUGAAGCUGAAGGUUCUAGCCACUCUGCUGAUGAGAAAAAUAAAUCAUCAGAUGCGGGAGGGUCCCAUUCGCAUGAGGCCCAUGAAGAACGUGCUGACAUCUCCAACGGUUCAGGAGGAACUAGAACUGGGGAAGGUCAGUCGAACCAGCAAUGGGGUAGCAGCAUGUCCAGUGACCAGGCUCCACAAUGUGCACUAGCCAUCUGAUAGUUUGAGCAUAACGAGGGAGUCGAGAAUUCAACUACCUGGAUAGAAGAUGUAUAUGUCCUAUUUCUCGUCUUUUUAUGGCAGAUUGGAUCUUCUCUUGGCCUUAAAUAGCCAAGCGGCAAAUCAUUCUUGGCUGGUUAAUAGUGCUUGUGGGUGUCAGGGAGAGUAGGAUAAAGUUGGAUAGCAAAUUAGCUGUGUGAUGGCCUUUGUGUUAAUCGGCAUACCCUCUGGAUUAUGUACAGUUUGUAGUUUUUAUUUUUCUGUAGUUCAGAGCUUUAGGUUAGUGAGGAAGGAUUAUGAGGCUAAGAUAUCAUCAUUUGGUAGCUCGUGAUGUUCGAUCUUGAUGACUUUUACUUCAUUUUAGUACUUUGUAUAGUUGGUAGGUUUAUGGUGCUAUUAGGUUCGUAUUUGAGAUAUUACUAUACUCUUGGCUGGCUGCAGCUCAUAAAGUGUUUGGAACAAUAGGUUUACCAAGAUUUUGUGUUCUACAAUUCUA